AGAGAGAGAGAGAGAGAGAGAGAGAGAGAGAGUUGUUGAAUACGCCAUGGACUUCCAUCUCAUCUUCUCCAUUUUACUUUCUCUGCAACAUUCAACUGCCAGUCUAGCAAAAUAAACAGCAGUAUGUCGAGCCUCCUUUUCUUGCUGGCCACUCUGCUAAAUUUGGGAGAGACGGUGUUCGGCGCCGGUGCUUUUAGCAGAACUGAUUUUCCUCCUGGCUUCAUUUUUGGUUCCGCCACUUCUGCUUAUCAGGUAGAAGGUGCAGCAAGUGAAGAUGGCAGGACUCCAAGCAUUUGGGAUACCUUUGCUCACACUGGACACGGGCAUGGAGGAACUGGAGAUGUAGCCUGUGAUGAAUAUCACAAAUACAGAGAAGAUGUGCGACUAAUGGUAGGCGUAGGGUUAGAUGCAUAUAGAUUUUCCAUCUCGUGGUCAAGGCUUAUACCGGAUGGAAAAGGAUCUGUUAAUCCCAAGGGUCUGCAGUACUACAACAACCUUAUCAAUGAGCUGAUUGCUCACGGAAUUCAACCCCAUGUUACAUUGCAACACUAUGACCUUCCACAGGUUCUUGAAGACGAGUUUGGAGGAUGGCUUAACAGAACCAUAGUGAAGGACUUCACAGCUUAUGCCGGUUGCUUCAGAGAAUUUGGGGACAGGGUUUCAUAUUGGAUUACUCUGAACGAGCCCAAUGCAUUUGCUAUUGAAAGUUAUGAAGAAGGAGUGUGUCCACCCGGGCAUUGCUCGCCUCACUUUGGAACCAACUGCUCUCAUGGAAACUCAUCAUCGACUGAGCCAUACAUUGCAGUUCAUAAUAUGUUGUUAGCACAUGCUUCAGCUGCAAGGCUGUAUGAGAAAAAGUACAAGGCCAAGCAACAUGGAUCCAUAGGCAUUAGCAUAUUUACAUAUGGGUUUUUUCCUCUAACCAACUCGAAAGAGGAUGCAAUUGCAACUCAGCGAGCUAUUGACUUUUUUGUUGGUUGGAUUGCACAUCCACUGGUGUUUGGUGAUUAUCCAGAGAUAAUGAAGAAAAAUGUUGGAUCUAGAAUGCCAGUUUUCUCAAGUACUGAAUCCGAACAGGUUAAGGGUUCCUUCGACUUCCUAGGACUGAUACAUUACACUUCAAUGAAUAUCCAAGAUGAUUCUGACAGUCUACAACUGAAACAAAGAGAUUUCUAUCAAGAUAUGGGUGCCAUUCUGAUAGAUAUUAACAAUUCUUCAGCGAAUGAGUAUCCUAUCUUCCCGCUAGGCCUUCAAGCUGUUCUUUUGUAUUUUAAGCUAGUUUACGGCAACCCCACUAUUUUCAUUGUUGAAAAUGGUCAGAUGAUGCCGCAUAAUUCAUCUUUACAAGAUACAGCGAGGGUUAAGUAUUUGCAUUCAUAUAUUGGGACAGUGCUAGAUGCAAUGAGGAAUGGAUCAAACACCAGAGGGUAUUUUGUAUGGUCUUUCCUAGAUCUUUAUGAAUUAUUGAGCGGUUAUGAAUUAAAUUAUGGUCUGUUCUACGUAGAUUUCAACGAUCCGGAUUUGAAGAGAAUCCCUAAACUCUCUGCAUACUGGUAUUCUAAUUUGCUCAAGGGAAGAAUUGUUACUGCGGAUGCAAAAAUCCAUCUUUCCAAUGAUGUACCACCCACAUUUUCAUGGUGAUAAUCGCUUCUUUCCCAAAAUAAACAUUUUCCUCUUCUUCUGGAUCAUAAGCAAA